CGUUUAGCGAUGGAUGGCAAGCAGUAUUGCAUUUCUGUCUUUCUCGCACAUUUUACAAUGACGAAGCCAAAUCUAAUAUAGAGGGUCAAACAUGAAUUGUUUUGAUAAUAAAUUCAUAUCCGACUAAGUCGCGGUGUCCGUUAAGAGAGCGGAAGAUGUCUAACGUCGGAAGUUAAAUUGUUGUGGUCGCAUUAGCAUAACGCACUAGAUUUAGCUUCAUGUCAACAACAUCGCGAGUCGUUUUUACACUCAAACACGCUUUGUUUUGAUUAUUUUGCUUCUGUUCGUCCAUUGUAGUCAUUUCAUGCAGGUUUGCGGUGUCGUUGCUUGAAAUGGCACAGUUUAAGAUGGACAGAGAGGAGUCUGACAGGCUGAUAGAAAAAGCCAAGCUGUGUUUGCGGUCCGGACGCAAAGAGAAAGCCUUGCAGCUACUGUACGAGGCGCAGAAGAUCUACCCGAGCACCCGGGCCAGAGGUUUGUAUCAUGCUGUUGUGGUUUGGUGUUACACAAAAGUCUUCUACAAGUCCAUGGGGUUGGUGGUGUCCAGAGAAACCCAGCACAUGGGUGUGCCAUACUAUGUGGAUAAGGGUUUUGAGAACGAAUACCGCGGUGCUGCCCUGGAAGAGCUGGAGAAGACUAUUGAGAGCGACUAUAUUGACCAUCUACAGAGCAGCUGCUGGAAAGAGAAGCAACAGAAAUCUGAUCUAGCUAAUCUGGGCCAACUGUACCGAGACGAGCGGCUGAAGCAGAAGGCUGAGACCAUGAAGUUGGAUCACUGUGACAAGCUGCACCGCUUCAUGGGACGACAGAGAGGAGACUGAGGCAGCGUCGCCCUCCCAGACUGCAUGGUCUGCCUAAUCAAAGAGCUUUUAGUAUUGGUUAUAUAUUUCAAUUUACUUGGGUGGGUCACCUUUUUGGAAAGGAGAAAGAAAGAGAGAGAUGUGAUAUCGCAGGAACCCAAGCUGAUUUUCCCUUGAGCAUUUGUGCCUUUCAUCCAUGAAUAGGGUGAAGUCUGAUGGCUUUUGUCUCAUCUGAUUCAGCUGCGAUGCACAACUGCGUGUGUGUGAGGUUAAUUUGUGCAAGCGCCUGGUAUAUAUUUUACCUUACAUUAAGGAGCACCAGAUCCAGGCUGGCCGACAGGAUUACAGCUAGUGCUUGUCGUUUAUUAGUUGCAUUUAAGCUUUAUUGUUAAUAGGAAUUUAACUUAUUUAAUAACAUAUUUAAUUUAUUUUUUCUGAAUUUGUGCUGUGAAUUACAUUUGACAACAACUUUUAAUAGAAAGCAAAUUUUUUGUUUUUGGAAACAAACGGUUCUCAAAAACAGGGAUAUAGACCACUACAGCUUUUCAAAGCUCUCUGAACGUAGCAACUAAAAAAAAGCCCCUUGUGUACAUUAAAUUAGUUUUUUGGUCCUUUGUUACCGUGCUGUAUGUUUUGGACAUUUAAAGGUAUUGGGCAACUGUUUUUAAGCAAUGUCUUUUUUUGUGAAGAAGGUAAAAAUGUUGACAGAAAUGCUAAAUGCCAUUACCUCGGAUUUAUUAAUCUGCAGUGUUUGAUUUAUAUUUUGGCACUUUAUUUGUCUCAACUUCUCUUGUUAUUGCAUGCAUCCAUCCAUUCAUUCUUCCUGCCUUGUUAGUGUUCGAAGGUGUUACUGGCACAGUUUAAUAUCCGUAAUUAUAACUAGGCAAAUAACAGUUACUGAGCAUCUGUUUUGAACUACAAUUAAUGUUUUACCUCAUGUCACUGAACACUAUGUUCUAUAUAUAAUAUAUCUUUAGCACAAAUUUAAGCAUGAAGGCUAAGAUGUUCAGAAGUGCUACAGUAAGCGUCCACUCAUUCGGGAUGAAAUAGAGAGUUGGAUGUGACGUGGAGAGUUUGUGCCAGUGGUGGUAUUCUGAUCUUGUUUCCAUGCAGUCCACAAACUGCUGGAAGUUUUGUUUGGAUUGAGUGCGUUUUUGUGCUGCUUAAAUAAACCAU